GAACCCAUUACAGAAACAAGUCGUAUAAAGUCGUAAACCCUGGCGGAAGUGCCAGCACAGAGAAAUAUAAGUACAUUCAGCAAGAAGGCAGCAGUGUGUCAAACAGCGAGGAUUAAUAAAAUGCUAAAAAUCUUCUCAACUAGUCGAGAAGUGCCGGACGUUGAAGUGUUUUGGAUAAAAUAGUAAUCCAUCAAGUGGCUCGAGCAGGAGAAAAGCGGCUGUAGCUGCCGGAUAAAGAACACUGGAAGAGUAGCGAAUGUUACAAAACAAUCCAUCAAAUUGACAGAAGUGACAGAGUUUCCGUUGAAGUACGUAAUCAGUUCUUCGUGUAUCUCCGGUCGGUGGAAGAAUUACCCAAAACUGCGUUGGUGACUAUGAAAGAUUUGAAAGACCUUACAGCGAUUCAGUUGAAAACUUACACCCCAGUCAAAAGCACUCGUACCAGUUGGAAUGUACGAAUAUCUGACUUUGCCCGGCUCACCCACAAUCCGAUCCGUGCCAUUGUCGAGGGACUGAAGAUUGUGCCGAACCCGGACAAGCAACUGAUUGCCCUCUCCAUCGGUGACCCGACCACAUUUGGAAAUCUCAAACCAGCCCCGGAAAUCAUCGACGCAGUACGGCGGGCAAUUGAGGACGGCUCGUGCAACGGUUACGGUCCCAGCAACGGUUUUCCCGCGGCACGUGAAGCAGUUGCGGAGUACGUUGCCCAUCAGGGCGCGGUAACACCGAACGAUGUCAUUCUUUGCAGUGGCUGCAGUUGCUCCCUGGAUCUCUGCCUGUCGGUCCUAGCUGGACCGGGUCAGAACAUCCUGAUACCGAAACCGGGAUUUUCAAUAUAUCGCACCCUGGCAGAAGGGUUUGGCGUUGAAUGCCGCUACUAUGAUUUGAUGCCGGAGCAGAACUGGGAGGUAGAUUUGAUACAACUGGAAACACUGAUUGACAGCAAUACGGCCGCUUUGAUUGUCACAAAUCCAAGCAAUCCGUGUGGAAGCGUGUUCAGCAAGAGCCACUUGAAGGCGAUUAUAAAUAUCGCGGAAAAACAUUAUCUGCCAAUAAUAGCGGACGAAAUCUAUGAACACUUUGUUUUCCCGGGUCACGAGUUCUACUCGGUCAGCUCGCUAUCUGAGAAAGUACCCGUGCUAUCGUGCGGUGGGCUGACCAAACGCUUCCUCGUUCCCGGUUGGCGAAUGGGUUGGAUAAUAAUUCAUGAUCGAGAUAAUCAUUUUAAAGAUGUGCGCAAGGGGCUGGCUAAUCUCUCGGCUCGGAUCCUGGGAGCCAAUACAAUGGUUCAGGGUGCCAUUCCCGACAUUUUAAGGAACACACCGUCCGCAUUCUACGAUAAUUUGGUUUCAACUCUCUAUCGUCAUGCCGAGUUAGCUUAUAAAGCCAUCAAGCAGAUCCGUGGUCUUCGUCCGAUAAUGCCCGGUGGAGCAAUGUAUAUGAUGAUUGGUAUCGAAAUCGACCGAUUCCCGGAGUAUGAAACAGAUUUGGACUUCGUGCAAGCAUUGGUCGCGGAGCAGAGUGUUUUCUGUCUCCCUGGACAGUGCUUCGAAUAUCCGAACUAUAUGCGCAUUGUGCUAACGGCCCCGGAGGAGAUGAUCGUCGAAGCGUGCAAGCGACUGGACGAAUUUUGCGAGAAACAUUAUAAAAUGGAUGAUAAUAUUAUUCAGGAUCAACAGAAAGGGCUACUCGCCAAAAUGAAUCAUUACUGAUGAGAUGUUGAACGCAAUCAAUUUAGGAUGGUGGAGGGGUCAGCAAAUACUUCAAUAGCACGUCUAAACCUUGUGCACGGAACGGAUUGUUUUAGACAAAUUUUACAUAUUUCUAUUUGUCUGCCUACAAAAUGAUUAUUUUUAUUCAUAUUGGUGAUUGCAAUAAAGCAUUUUUAAACCGACUA